UGCAUAAUACCUAAACAUAGAAUUCCAUCAUAGAAUCCCGAGAUAGGUAUAGAUUUCUUGAGUUUACAGUGGAAUCAAAAGACAGAGAUAUCAGGAUCUGGCUCUUUCCUCUCAGGAAAGGAUUGAUUGCGUAUCCAUCAGAAUAUCAUUUGAUUAUUCAAUACAAAUGGCUGAACCUAGUAGCUCUCUGAGGGAAACCACAACCAAACCUCAAGAUAUAACGGAAACCACAACCAAACCUCAAGUUAUAUACCGGUGUAAGAAAUGCAGAAGAAUUGUUGCUUCAGAGGAAAAUAUAGUUUCCCAUGAGCGUGGAAAAGGAGAAUCAAGCUUCAAGUGGAAAAAGAGAAGCGGUGAAUCCUGGGAAACGGAAAAGCAACCAUCUGAUUGCACCUCAAUAUUUGUUGAGCCCAUGAAAUGGAUGCAAGCAGUACAAGAAGGACAUGUGGAGGAGAAACUUCUCUGUAUGGGUUGUAAUGCUCGUUUGGGUAACUUCAACUGGGCUGGUAUGCAGUGCAGCUGUGGAGCCUGGGUUAACCCUGCAUUUCAGCUGCAUAAAAGCAGAUUAGAUGAGUGCUAUAUGUCAAGUGUAAACGAACCACAUUGAGAAAAUGGACGUUAUCCUUUUUAUGAAUAAAAGACAUAUUAGCUUAGCUGGGAAUUGGAAGGUUAUCUAUUACAACUUUAUGCUUGUCAUUGAAUGAAACAUUAUAUAUGGGUCUUAUUAUGCUAAUAUGCAAUGAAUAUGUUUGGAUAUAAGUUUAAAAA